AUGGUGUCGCCAUCUUGGUCCAUGGGCAAGACUGCCCUGGUGGCAGCACUCCUGGCGCUACAGGCAGGCGUAUACGGCGCGAACAACGAUGAUCGGUCGUACGCAACGUCUCCAGAUAUUCCUCCUCCUCUGGCUACCGGGAACAAUGAGUGGGCAGCAGCGUUUCAGAAAGCAGAGGCCUUGGUCAAGCAAAUGACCCUGGAAGAAAAGGUGAGCCUGACGGGUGGUACGAAACGCAACAAUAGCUGCUCGGGAAACAUUGCCGCCAUCCCUAGACUCAACUUUCCUGGCAUGUGCCUGAGCGACGCUGGAAACGGCCUGCGCGCGACGGACAUUGUCAACGGUUACCCCAGCGGAAUCCACGUUGGAGCCAGCUGGAACAAAGAGUUGACCAACAAACGCGGUGCCGCCAUGGGCGCCGAGUUUCGCAGAAAGGGAGUCAAUGUCCUUCUUGGCCCAGUUGUAGGCCCGGCUUGGCGAGUCGUGAAAGGCGGCCGUAAUUGGGAGGGCUUCUCGGCGGACCCCUAUUUGGCUGGCUCGCUUGUCGCUCAGGGUGUCGAGGGUAUCCAGGCGCAGAGACAUUACAUUGCCAAUGAGCAAGAGACGAACAGAGUGCCAGAGGACGGCGUCGCUGCGGUGUCAUCGAAUGUCGAUGAUAGAACCAUGCAUGAACAUUAUCUCUGGCCCUUCCAAGAUGCCGUCAAGGCUGGCUCGGCCAACAUCAUGUGCUCGUACCAGCGCAUCAACAAUUCUUACGGCUGUGGAAACAGCAAGACGCUGAACGGCUUGCUGAAGACGGAGCUAGGCUUCCAGGGCUUCGUUGUAUCCGAUUGGGGUGCGCAGCAUACCGGUGUCCAUGACGCUCUGUCUGGCUUGGACAUGGGAAUGCCUUCUGCAGCGGGUUACUGGGAAUCCUUGCUUGUGGAUGCGGUAAAGAAUGGCUCUGUUGCCGAAUCAAGGGUGACCGACAUGGCUACAAGGAUCAUUGCAGCAUGGUACCAAGUUCAUCAAGAUGCUGGCUUUCCCGAGCCCGGAAUCGGCAUGCCGUCGAACUUAUUCGUGGACCACAAGAAGAUCGAAGGCAGAAGCCCCGACGCCGACGCAAUCCUUUUACAAGGGGCCAUCGAGGGGCACGUCCUACUAAAGAACGAAAAGCAGACACUGCCCUUGAAGUCGCCCCGCAAAGUCUCCAUCUUUGGGUACUCGGCCAAGACCCCCGAUCUCGCCAAGCCCAUUGAAGGCGACGAGUUCGCGGCCUGGCAGGUGGGACUGGCACCAGUAUGGGGGCUCCCGAACAAGGAGGAGAGCCCGAUCGGCUCCCGAGGCACGCUGUGGGGUGCUGGCGGAUCAGGCGCCAUUACACCGGCGACAUUCACCUCUCCUCAGACGGCGCUGAUGGAGAAGGCUGCAAAGGAUGGCUUCACACUGGUGCAGGACCUCAACUCUUCAUCGCCUGUGGUGGAUCCAACCAGUGAUGUGUGCAUCGUCUUUGGGAAUGCGUGGGCCACCGAAGGCCACGAUCGCCCGGCCUUGCAAGAUGAUUACACCGACACCUUGAUCAAGUCCGUCGCAGAUCAGUGCGGCAAGACGGUGGUCGUCCUGCACAACGCCGGAGUCCGUCUCGUUGAUGGCUUUGUCGAUCACCCGAAUGUCACGGCAAUCAUCUUCGCCCAUCUUCCCGGUGCUGAAAGCGGUCAUGCUCUGACUGCCGUGCUCUGGGGCGACGCGAACCCUUCGGGAAAGCUGACUUACACUGUGGCCAAGCAAGAGUCCGACUAUGGGGCCCUCCUGAACCCGACUCCUGCCAACGGAAGCAAGGACCCGCAAUCGAACUUCGACGAAGGUAUCUACAUGGACUACAAGCAAUUCGAGAAGAACCACAUAGUGCCGCGAUACGAAUUCGGCUUCGGCCUCAGCUACACGAGAUUCGACUACUCCAACAUUGCCAUCACUGGCCCCAGCGGAACCUCAGCAAGCGAGUGGCCCACCGGGAAGGUCUCUAGCGGCGGUCAGGAAGAUCUCUGGGAGACCAUUGCCACUGUGACAUUCACGCUCAAGAACGGUGGACACGUUGAUGGCGCCGAGGCAGCUCAGCUGUAUGUCCGCAUUCCUGGAUACCGCGCCAAGCAGCUUCGUGGCUUCGAGAAGCCGUUUUUGGCCGCUGGCAAAGGAACCCAGGUCUCGUUCGCGCUGAGUCGCCGCGACUUGAGCAUUUGGAACACGGGUGCCCAGAAGUGGCAGCUCCAGCGUGGGCAGUACGAGAUUUACGUGGGAAGAAGCAGUUCUAAGCUGCCGCUCAAGACGUAUCUUACGAUCUGA